AUGAGCAAAAGCACGACGACCUUUCUUCGAAAGCCGCUGUCCAGCGUCCUGCUGGCGGAGGCCAGGCGCCCUCGACGCACUUUCGCCCCAAUCUCCAAGCAUGCGCGCAGCUUAGCGACGCAGGUCGACACUCCUCGAAGCACCCCGUCUGGCAUUUCUCCUCCUCCGCCGCCUCCGGUCGAGACUACACCCGAGACCCUUGAACAACAAGAACGGGAGAGAAAGGCACGCAAGAUCUUCCAAGAUGCCGUCGCCGCCACAGCGCCGCGGAACAACUGGACCAAGGAGGAGAUCUCAGCCAUCUACUACCAGCCGCUGAUGGAGCUGGCCUACCAAGCCGGCACCCUGCACCGCCGCUUCCACGCGCCCGGCGAGGUCCAGCUCUGCACCCUCAUGAACAUCAAGACGGGCGGCUGCACCGAGGACUGCUCCUACUGCGCCCAGUCGACGCGCUACCAGGCCGGCACGGGCGUCGCCGCCCAGCGCGUGGCGACGGUCGACUCGGUGCUCGAGGCCGCGCGCCAGGCCCGCGACAACGGCAGCACGCGCUUCUGCAUGGGCGCCGCCUGGCGCGACAUGCGGGGGCGCAAGAACAGCCUGCGCAACGUCGCCGCCAUGGUGCGCGGCGUGCGCGCCCUCGGCAUGGAGGCCUGCGUCACGCUCGGCAUGAUCGACGGCGCGCAGGCCGCGGAGCUCAAGGAGGCCGGCCUCACGGCGUACAACCACAACGUCGACACGAGCCGCGAGUUCUACCCCUCUGUCAUCUCGACCCGGACGUAUGACGAGCGCCUGCGCACGCUGGGCCAUGUGAGGGACGCCGGGAUCAAUGUGUGCUCGGGAGGCAUAUUGGGAUUGGGGGAGUCGUCUACGGACAGGGUCGGGCUGUUGCACACCGUCUCGACGCUGCCGUCGCACCCGGAGAGCUUUCCCGUGAACGCGCUCGUGCCCAUCAAGGGGACGCCGCUGGGCGAUAGGGAACCCGUGGCGUUUACGAGCAUGCUGCGCACCAUCGCGACGGCCCGCAUCAUCAUGCCGGCCACGAUCAUCCGCAUCGCGGCGGGGCGCAAGACCAUGUCCGAGGAGAAGCAGGCGCUGUGCUUCAUGGCGGGCGCCAACGCCAUCUUCACUGGGGAGAAGAUGCUGACGACCGAGUGCAACGGGUGGGACGAGGACAACGCCAUGUUUGGCCGCUGGGGCCUGUCGGCUAUGAAGAGCUUCGAGAAGAAGUCGCCAGAGGAAGCGUAG